CCUUGUCUCUUGCUCUCCGCCCCUCCGGAGAAAGUGUUCGGGAGAGUCCCAAGGUGAAGUUCGCGCCCCUGCUGCCUCACACUCAUUUCGCGUUAGAGUGCAGUGCCCUUCUCCAAUCUAUUUGUGCCAGCCAACCGCCGGCCGUGCCCGCUUUGCACUGCCUUUGGAAGUUUAGGAGCUGCAAUGGGCGCCGCGGCCUCGUCGGCUCUGACGAGCCUCCGCCUUGCACUCCCAGGCUCGGCUCAGUCCAGGGCCGCCUGGAUCGGGGCUGCGGCGCUGGGACUGGCCGCCGCCACGGCUCUGGGGGCCGCGGCCUGGAGCGCUAGGGAUCGACGGCGUCGGCGGCGGCGGAGCCUCAAACAAGUGGGCACUGUAGCGGAGAUCUGUAUCUACCCCAUCAAGUCUUGCAAGGGAGUGAUUGUGAAUGAGGCCGAAUGCACGGAGAUGGGGCUGCGCAGCGGCAACCUGAGGGACAGGUUUUGGCUGGUGAUAAGGGAAGAUGGUCACAUGGUCACUGGAAGACAGGAGCCUCAACUGGUGCUGAUUUCCAUAGCGUGGGACAAUGACCAAAUGACCCUCAGUGCUCCAGAUAUGGAUGAUCUGAUUGUUCCUAGAAAAGUACCUUCCACCAAUGCUAUUCGGAAUUGCAGGAUAUUUGGCGUUGACAUUCAGGGUAGAGACUGUGGAGAUGAAGUAUCUCAGUGGAUCACCAGCUUCUUAAAAACAGAGACUUGUCGACUGGUUCAGUUUGAAACCCACAUGAACGGAAGAAAGUCAAAAGAAAUUUUCUUUCCCUUUGUUCAGAAUUACCAGGUGGCUUAUCCUGACUGCAGCCCCAUCAUGAUGAUCUCAGAAGCUUCCCUGGCAGAUCUUAAUACCAGACUUGAAAAGAAAAUAAAGAUGGAACAAUUUAGGCCAAAUAUUGUGGUGACUGGUUGCAAUGCUUUUGAGGAGGAUACCUGGGAUGAAAUCCUAAUUGGGAGUGUUGAAAUGAAAAAGGUUUUGUCUUGCCCCAGAUGUAUCAUGACCACAGUGGACCCAGACACUGGGAUCAUAACCAGGAAAGAGCCUCUGGAAACACUGAAGAGUUACCGCCUUUGUGAUCCAGCUGAGAAGCAUAUAUACAAGUCAUCCCCACUCUUUGGGAUGUAUUUUUCAGUGGAAAAAAUUGGAAGUCUGAAAGUUGGUGACCCUGUGUAUCUGAUAACUCAGUGAUGGAAAUCAGGUGAUAAGCGCCACAUAAUUGAUAUGGUUACAAUACUGGAAAUGGACUGAUCAGGAUCAGACAGCGACAUCUUGACAGACCCUAUAAGAUAAAACCUUUUAGUAAAUUUGUCUUGGAAAAACUUUAUACUACUUCUGACUGUAUUGGCAUGUAUGUUUUGUAUGUUAAUAUGACAAAAGGUAAAGGUCUAGGGGAAUAAGGCGGGGGAAGAAGUAAUAAUAAUAGAAUAAACUUUAGUUGCCCAUUUAUUGGGGAAUAGCUAAAUGAAUUUUGGUAUAUGAAUGUAAUGGAAUAUUAAUAUGCUGUAAGAAAUGAUUGGGGAAGUUAGACAGCAUGGUGGAUAUAGUGGAUAGGGCACCAGCCUUGAAGUCAGGGAGAACUGAAUUCAAAUUUGAUCUCAAACACUUAACAUUUACUAGCUGUGUAAUCCUGGGCAAGUCAACCUCAACUGCCUCACAAAAAAAGAAAAAGUGAUGAAUGUGAUGGAUAUAGACAACUAUAGAAAGAUCUACAUAAGUUGAAGCAGAGUGAAACAGAAAAGAGAAAACAGUAACCAUAGUGAUUACAAUGAUACAAAUGAAAUUAAACAGAAUUAAUGUCACGGAAUGAGACAGAAAUAAUCAAAAUAAUCAAAAGAAAAAGUUCAAACUUUGGAAAGAACAAGUAUGACCCAAAUGAUAGAAAUAAGAAGACACCCUUCUGUCAGUCCUUGGAAGAAAUGGGAUGCGGACAGGUGUGCUGUGCUGCACAUAUUUUCAGACUUUUUUGGUAUUUUUUUUUUCCUUUUUCGCCUUUAAAAACAUUAUUUGUAAUAUGGAAUGGC